GGGAAGUAACUAUUUCCAUUGAGACCGUAGAAUAGUAACUUCCACUUGCAGUAAUUUGUUAAAUCCUGUGAUUAAAACUACAGUUCCCACAAUUCUCUGUAUUUUCUUUAAACUUUUCUUCUCCUAAUAUUCUUAAAAAGCGGAAGUCUGUCGACAGUACACAAUAUAUGUUAAUCUUUACCUUUUAACUCAGUUUUAUUAGUACUACAGUUACUUCUACUAGUGUCCUGCUUACUGCUUCCCAUUGCAGGGCCCAGCUUGCAGACUCUGCCCCAGGGCAGAAGGAAGUGGUUGCUUGCUGGAAAUAGGUGUUCUGAGGAACCGGCAAGCAGCCUCUGUGGACAGGUGUAGAAGAUUGAAAACACUGUUGCACCCUUUCCGCUCAUAAACGGCGAAAGCAUUUUGUCUUGAUCACAGCCAGAAAGAAAAGAAAUGGCAGAUUCCAGCAUGGUUCCGUUAACUGGCUUGGCGUGGGCUUCAAACCAGACAUCCUGUCCUACAAACUACAAAAUGAUCACGGCUACAGCAGAUGGUUGCAGUGCAAACUUUGCUAAAGGAUUUGGAUCAAAACCAGGCUGCUAUUUAUGUUACUCCUCUGUGAUUGGUGAUAAUUUCCAAGGUGAGGUUAUAGAGGAUAUCAGGAUUCUGAGCGAAAAGUCGCCAUUAUUACCUGGAUAUUUUUUCAUUGCAGAAUACUUGGAUGCAAAAGCAUCUGUGUCCAAGAAGAAGCGCAUGUGUGCUAAAACACAGCCAGUUACCUCUGUAGACACAGCAGUAUUUAGUAUCCAGUUAACACUGAAAAAUAAACAGCCAUUACAGUCUUACACGUUCCUUGGUGAGCUAAAUGGCAUUGGAGUGUGGUGUAGAAAAGGCAAGAUUGCUAGAGCGAAACCAGUCCCAAAACAGAGAAACCUAAGUUUAGAGAUGAGAGGGCUUUCCUUGCAAGAUGAUGGUGCAUCCAGAACAACAGAAGUCGCCUCUGAAAAGUAUUCUGGUAUGAGCAAGAGACGAGCACCGCUGGAGAGGAAAAACUCUGUUUAUGAUGCAGCUGCUAUAUAUGGCAUCUCAGCUAUGGAUGGCAUACCAUUUGCCUUGCACCCUAAAUAUGACAGCAGGAACAACAGUACAGGUAUACAGCUGUCCAGCUUUCCCACCUUCACAGUUAAAUCAUUGGAGAACAUAGAAAAUGAGUAUGACUACAGCUUUGCAGUGGAGAGGACAGCUGCUGCCAGACUUCCUCCUUCAUUAUGUUAGAAACCAUCCUUGGAUGACUGCUUUGGAGCAAACCCUAUCAUUAUACUUCUUUUCAGAGACCAUCUUGGCAGCCUAGCUUGAAGAGCGUCACCUUGUACAUUCCUUUGUAUAUUGGCACAGUGAAGAGAGUGCCAUAGCAUUUGGAGCUGAACUGAAAAGGGAAUGUUAGAGUGUUUGUGUCAACAACAUUUUAGAAGUAUUUUCGCCUUAUGAAAUUCAAUAAUUUUAGAAUCAUUAGAACUCGAACAAGUACGCUUUCCAAAAAUGUAAUUUUGCAGAAUGGUAUGUAGAGACAAAUUCCCAACUUCUUGUUAGCUUGGUCUGAAUGGAUGCAGUAUGUUAAUUGUUGUGUACAUCGUAUUUGUAGGAACUUUCCUCAACAUAAGUGUUGGAAAUCAUGCUACUAUUUUUUCUUUUCAGAAAUGCUGUGCAUAAGUUAACAGGAUAUAACUACACAGGGUAACCCAAGUUGCAUUAGCGGCUCAGAUACCUAACGGCACAGACAGACAAGAAUGGGCAUGCCUGUCGUGAUGAUAGAGAGCAUGCUGGGUGGAGAUCUCGCUGAAUCCAGGCAGAAGGAAGUAUUCAUAACAAGAAAGUUGCAAGAAUGUGCAUGUUGAAGGAAUAGGGAACAGGAUGGUCUGCAUGGCCAGGAUGGGCACAUCCUCAGGCCGCUUCAAAUUGCCUAACCAGCUUAAUGACAUGUCGUCUCACUGGAAGAGGUGAGAUGACUAAGGCCUGCUGGUACUUCAUCAUUGCCAUCAUGUUAUUGAUGGCUCCCAGUGUCAUGUCUCCUUAUGGGAUCUCUCAUUCCCCCAGGCAUUUCUGAAAAUGAGCACUGGAAGUUCAGCUCCCUGCAAAGUCUGGGAUCCCACAUGGUGUUAGGGUCAUGUUGUGGACAGGCUGGUAGGACCAUAUGGGGAUCCUGGGAUUGUGCAGGCAUGGUAACAAGGGAUAACAGUCAGAGGACUAAGUGGGGUUGGGGGAGAGGGAAUUCUGUACAAAACGUCUGUGCAAAUCCCAGCAUUAUAUCAAAGGAGAAAAGCAUUUUCUCAUGUACUGUACCUGUAAUGUUAGUAGUGACUUGACGUGAAGAGGAAGCAGGUACGUUAAGUAUGUUUGACUCAGAGGGGCUCUUAUCAAGCCCACUGCUCCUAUGAAAGAAGCUUCCUUCACUGUUGUAACAUCUGAACAUGUGAGUAAACAAAGAUAUGGGGGGGGGGUAAGUUAUAAAGAGAUAUUGGAGCUCAUGACUUCACUUGUAGAAAAUUUUCAAAAAGGAAUUUUUCAUUUUUUUUUUUUUUUUUUCAUUUUCGAUAUUUAUUAACCAGUUAAGUCUUCUGGAUAAGUUUCCCUUUUCAUUUCAUGGUACUUGUCCCUUUUACAUGAGAAGGCAAAACAUCACUUGCAUUACCCUUUUACCUGGAGCUUGCAAAGAUACAAACAUUUUGCCAUCCUGCAUGCCAAGUGCAUCAGUGUCUCUCUGAAUCUGUAUUUAGGCCUUGUGCAUAGAAUAAUAUUAUUGCAGAUUAUCCAGUUUUGGUGUGCUAUCACUUGAGCAGGAAAAGGCAGGGUUUUCUCACACCAGGUGGCCUUGCUACAUUUUGCCUGUCACUAUAUUUUCCCCAAGUAACGAUUUAUUAAAUUGUUCAGAAUGAGUACAUUGGUACUGGAAUAUCACACUAACUGAACUAAUGUAAGAUAAAAACAAAUUAAUCAUAGUUGAAGUACAAGUGUAUGCAGACUAUUUGUAUUUGUUUACCAAAAGAAAUAAGUCAGUUGGAUCUUCACAUUCAAAUGUGGUACCAUUGUGGACAUAUGUUGUAUAUAGGGUACCAUAUUGAUGCAAGACGUUAAAAAACAUUUGGCUGAUCCAUGCAGAGGCGUGCAAGUCUCAAAACACAUUGCACUAGUUUAACAGUUAUUCCUUCAGUCUAAUGGCUCCAAAGAGCUUCAGUGAGUGGGGUGUCAAAAGAACAUACAUACCCAUAGUGUUAGCAGCUAGGUUUCAGUCAGGCCUUCAGAGAUGAUUGAUUUUGACACUGCCGCUGCCACCUGGUUGUAUGAUUGGUUUACUUGCCGUGCAGUAAGUGUUGAGACUUAGAAGGCUCUUGUUGGCCACUUUCUCUAUUAAUAUUGUAUUCUUUACUUUUUAUUUCUUUUUAUUUAUAGUAUGGGCUUUUAAAGUGGUGAACAGUAUUUAAGAAACUGAAUGUAAGAUGUUUGUCUUCAUUUCUGUACACUAAGUAAUCAUCAUCAAACUUUAGUCUUCACUGAUUGUUGUAUUGCUUUGAUUAUUAGAUGUAAUUCCAUUUACUGUUUUCAAUAUACAGCAGAAAUUGAGAAUUGAAAUUAUAUAGUAAAGAAAUAUUUUUCAUUA